AUGUCAGUGGCGAAGAAAGACAAGCCGACGAUGUCGGUGACGGCGCUGAUCAACUGGGCGCGGCCGGCGCCCCCGGGGCCCCAGCUGCCCCCGCCCGCCUCUCCAGCGCCGGUCACCAUGCUGCAGCCGCUCGCGACGCCUUCCAACAUUCCCAGCGUCGACUGCUCGAUCGACAUGCAGUGGCUUAACCUGGAGGCGGGUUUCAUGUCGCCGAUGUCGCCGCCGGAGAUGAAGCCCGACACUGCAAUGCUGGAUGGGCUGAGGGACGACGCGACGUCGCCCUCUGCGCUCAGGUCCUACCCCCCCAACCACCCGCUCAGUGGCUCUAAGCAUCUCUGCUCGAUAUGCGGUGACAGGGCAUCUGGGAAACAUUACGGCGUGUACAGCUGCGAGGGUUGCAAAGGCUUCUUCAAGAGGACGGUGAGGAAGGACCUCACGUACGCGUGUCGCGAGGAGCGGAACUGCAUUAUAGACAAGAGGCAGAGGAACCGCUGCCAGUUCUGCCGCUACCAGAAAUGCCUCGCCUGUGGCAUGAAGCGGGAGGCCGUGCAGGAGGAGAGGCAGCGGGCCGCGCGGGGUGCGGAGGACGCACACCCCAGCAGCUCUGUCCAGGAGUUGUCAAUCGAACGGCUUCUGGAGAUGGAGUCCUUAGUGGCGGAUCCGAGUGAAGAGUUCCAGUUCCUCCGAGUGGGCCCCGACAGCAACGUGCCGCCGAGGUAUCGAGCGCCCGUCUCCAGCCUCUGCCAGAUAGGCAACAAACAAAUAGCGGCGUUGGUUGUAUGGGCGAGGGACAUUCCCCAUUUCGGUCAACUGGAGUUGGAGGACCAGGUGUUGCUUAUAAAGGCAUCCUGGAACGAGUUACUAUUAUUUGCCAUCGCAUGGCGGUCUAUGGAGUACUUGGAAGACGAAAGGGAAAAUAUGGACGGUACUAGAAGUGCGGCCACGCCACAGCUCAUGUGCCUUAUGCCAGGCAUGACGCUGCACCGAAACUCCGCGCUGCAGGCGGGCGUGGGCCAGAUCUUCGACCGCGUACUCUCCGAGCUCUCGCUGAAGAUGCGCACGCUGCGCAUGGACCAGGCGGAGUACGUCGCUCUCAAGGCCAUCAUCCUGCUCAACCCUGAUGUGAAAGGGCUCAAGAGUCGACAAGAAGUAGAGAUUCUUCGAGAAAAGAUGUUCUCGUGCCUGGACGAGUACUGCCGGCGGUCGCACAGCGGCGAGGAGGGGCGGUUCGCGUCGCUGCUGCUGCGGCUGCCCGCGCUGCGCUCAAUCUCGCUCAAGAGCUUCGAGAGCCUCUUCUUCUUCCACCUCGUGGCCGAGGGCAGCAUCGGCGGCUACAUCCGCGAGGCGCUGCGCAACCACGCGCCGCCCAUCGACGCCAACUCCAUGAUGGUGGGAAGGAUAUGUCCUUUGUCAAGAAGGCAAGUAGUGACCAGUUUACAAAGCAAGAAAAAUGGGGCCGCCUCUUCUGUUAUAACG